AUGGAUAGAUUGGAGUGUGUGUUUGUUGCGGAGGGUGGGGGGUUGUAUGGGGGUGGGAAGGCAAGACUGGCUGGCUGGCUUAUCCAACUCUCAGCCACUGAUCUGUUGGACUCGCCCUCAGAGAGAGUGGUCUUGGUGCGGUGGAAUGAGCCCUUCCAGAAACUGGCCACCUGUGAUACAGAUGGAGGGAUCUUUGUUUGGAUCCAGUAUGAGGGCCGCUGGUCCGUGGAGCUGGUCAAUGACCGUGGAGCGCAGGUGAGUGACUUCACCUGGUCCCACGAUGGCACCCAGGCUCUUAUCUCUUAUCGUGAUGGCUUUGUCCUAGUGGGAUCAGUCAGUGGGCAAAGACACUGGUCUUCCGAGAUCAACCUAGAAAGCCAGAUUACCUGCGGUAUCUGGACCCCCGAUGACCAGCAGGUGCUGUUUGGUACUGCAGAUGGACAGGUGAUAGUGAUGGACUGCCAUGGGCGCAUGCUGGCCCAUAUUUUGCUGCAUGAGUCGGAUGGCAUCGUCAGCAUGUCCUGGAACUAUCCCAGUUUCCUGGUGGAGGACAGCAGUGGGAGCGACACGGACUCCGACGACUACUCCCCACCACAAAUGCACAGCCAGAAACCCCUGCUGACAGUCAGCUUCACCUCUGGAGACAUCAGCCUGAUGAACAACUACGAUGACCUCUCUCCGACCCUCAUCCGCACGGGCCUGAAAGAUGUGGUGGUCCAGUGGUGUUCGCAGGGGGACCUCCUUGCAGUGGCAGGGAUGGAGAGGACCCUCCUCUCCCCCGACCCCUCCUGUCCUCCCCCCACCAGAAACGCCAUUGUCAAGUUCUACAACGUUCGGGGUGAACACAUCUACACACUGGACACACCAGCACAGCGCCCCAUUACGACGCUGUGCUGGGGUCACCGGGACUCUCGUCUGUUCUUGGCAUGUGGCCCGGCGCUCUACGUUGUGCGAGUUGAGCACCGCGUUGCCAGCCUACAGCUACUCUGCCAGCAGGGCAUCGCCACAGCAGUGAAGGAGGAAAAAGAUGUUGCCAAGCUCACCAUGCCUUCCCGCCUCUGUUCUUAUGUCACUACUGCUUUCGCCCCCACCAUAAAGCCCCCCAUCCCAGAUCCCAACAACAUGCGUGAUUUUGUGAGCUACCCAACAGCUGGAAAUGAGCGUCUGCACUGUACCAUGAAGCGUACGGAGGAUAACCCUGAGGUGGGGGGGCCCUGCUACACUCUGUACUUGGAGUACCUUGGAGGUCUGGUGCCUAUCCUCAAAGGCAGACGCAUAAGUAAACUUCGUCCUGAAUUUGUCAUCAUGGAUCCCAAGACAGAUGGAAAAACAGAUGAGAUAUACGGCAACAGUCUGAUAUCUGCCAUGAUUGACAGCUGUAACUGCUCAGACUCCAGUGACAUUGAGCUGAGCGAUGACUGGGUUGGCAAGAAAUCUCCAAAGAUAUCCAGAGGCAGCAAAUCCCCUAAACUGCCCAGGAUCAACAUUGAUCCCAGAAAAUCUCCCAAACUAUCCCGUGCUACACAAGAGAUCUCAAGGUCGCCGCGGUUACCUAUACGGAAACCAUCGAUUGGGUCACCUAGUCUAACACGGAGGGAAUUUCCCCUAGAUGAUAUCACUCAGCAAAAUUACCUGGCACAGGUCACAUCUAAUAUUUGGGGAACAAAGUUUAAGAUUGUAGGGCUUGCCAAUUUCUUGCCAACCAAUCUUGGUGCAGUCAUCUAUAAGACAAGCCUCCUUCAUCUGCAACCAAGACAGAUGACCAUCUACCUGCCAGAGGUGCGUAAGAUCUCCAUGGACUACAUCAAUCUGCCAGUCUUCAGCCCCAACGUGUUCAGUGAGGAUGAAGAUGACCUGCCUGUCUCAGGCCCUGCUGGUGGUGCUGAUGACAACCCGCCCUGCACUGUCAACAUCCCUAUUGCCCCCAUCCAUAGUCCCGCCCAGGCCAUGUCCCCCGCACAAAGCAUUGGUCUGGUCCAGUCACUCCUAGCUAAUCAAAAUGUUCAGCUGGAUGUCCUAACAAAUUCCACAGCAAAUCCUGCUGGGGCUACUGCUAGUGGGUCAGACCAAAGCCAGGACACCAUCCUGACAGCCCAGUACACGGUUCCCACCAGGUACUCAAGUCCUGGUCAGGUCAUCUUUGGGGGACUAGAAAUGGGCCGCCUAAUGGUGGGACCUCCACCUUCUCAUCAUCCUUCACAACAGCAACAGCAAUCAAGUCACCAUCAACAACAGCAGCAGCAGCACCAACAACAACUACAACACCACCAACAAAUUCAGCACCACCAACAACAGCUUCAGCAGCAGCAGCAACUCCACCAACAGCAGCAGCAGCAGCAGCAACUCCAACAGCAGCAGAUGCUCCAGCACCAACACUUACAACAGCAGCAGCAGUUACAGCAGCAGCAGCUUCAGCAACAGCACAUUCAACAGCAGCUCCAACACAUACAGCAGCAGCAUCAACAUCAGCUCCAGCAGCACAUGCAGCAACAGCAACAACUACAACAGCAGCAUCAACAAAUUCAGCAGCACCUCCAGCAACAGCAACAAAUUCAUCAUCAACAGCAAUCGCAGCAGCAGCAUCACAUGCAACAACAGCAGCACCACCAUCAACUUCAGCAGCAGCUCCAAAUUCAAAUUCCUGUUCCCUCUAUGUCAUCAGGACAGCCUUCAGGUGCAGCUGUGCACCAGCUCCAGUCAGGGGCGCUGCAAAUACAGAUCCCUCAUCCGCCUGUUGAUUUAGUGGUUGAGAGAGCAGUAGGGGGUGAACAUGAGCACCUACUGAAAAUUAAAACUACUCGUUCAACUCCACAGCUGGCUGAGGGUGAUACAGUGGUGUUCAGUGCUCCUCUAGAGCUCAGUAAGAUGAACCCUCCUCCCCCAUACCCCGGGACAGUGGCUGCUGCUGUGGCCGCUGCAGCAGCUGCUGCUGCUGCCUCAGCAUCAGCCUCCACUGCUGCCUCCAAUGCUGCCUCUGGAACAGGAGGGGGCACUAGUGGGACUCCUCCUCCUGGUGAUCCUGGGCUGAAGAAGGGAGAGUUCCCACUUUAUCCUUCAGGGCAGCAACAAGCUCAGUACCCCACACCACUGGGAUAUGAGAGGAUAACAACAUUUGACAGCAGUGGGAAUGUGGAGGAAGUAUGUCGUCCACGAACACGCCUUGUCUGCAAUCAGAAUGUCUAUACACUCCAGGGACCUGGCAGCUCUGCCACUCUCAGGGUCACCUCCUCGUCAUCCUCUUCCUCGGCUGACAAGAAGAUCCAGCUGCCCUACACUUCUGCCACUCUCAACAGACUCACUGCACCACGCUAUUCUAUUCCCAGUGGAGACCCGCCCCCAUACCCUGACCCAGCCAAUCAGAAUAGUGCUGUUGGCAGGAACCCAGGACAGAGGCUCGACAGCAGCCUGAUCCAUGCCACUCUCAGGAGGAAUAGCAGAGAGGCCGCUCUCAAAGUUUCCCAGAUGCUGGAACCGCCCAGACCACUGCCUCCCAAGGCUAAAAAUAGUAGUGCACUAGCAGCGUCGUUCCAACAGAGGGUGCCAACAGCCUUAUAUACAUGUAGUCAGUGUAGCAGUGGAUCCAGUGUUGGAGGCACUGCCUCAGGGAGCGCUAAUGGAAUAGCAGGAGGAACAAUUAUCAGACAGGAUUUCCCUCCAGGGAAUGGGGCUCCACACAGCACAGUUAUUGUUCACUCCAACAGCACUGCUCCUCUGGCCUCCCAGUCCUCUUACAACCUGCUGAGCUCUUUUGAAGGAUCUGGGGCUGCAACAGGAGGAGGAAGUAACAGAGACAGGGGUGAUUAUGUUAAUUCAGCAUUUACUGAGGAUGAAACACUGAACCAGUCACUGAGGCAUCUGGCGCUAGGAGGAAAUGAUGCAUCAGGACUGGUUGUCAAACGCCCACCUCCUUAUCAGUGGGACCCUGCUGCCACAGAGGAGGUGUGGGUUCCUCAGGAACGGACAGCAACGCUGAAUCCCACUGGCCCCCCUGGCCCCCACAAACCACCCCCACUUAUUCUAAGCCCAACUCAGCACUUGGAUGUGUCCAGGCUGCCUUUUGUCCUCUCUCCAAAGUCCCCCACUAGCCCCAGUGCUGCAUCAUUUCAAGCUGCUGCAGCAGCUGCAGGCUACCAAAUCUCUCUCCAAUACCCUCCAGCAACUGCCUAUUCUGGAGCCCAGCUCCAGCCUAUUCCAGGGUCACCACGCCCCUGUUCCUCCCCAAAGGAGAUGGUGGCACCAGUACCCUUCUCACAGCAGGAUGCAACCCUAGUCUUACCGCCAGGUUACCCUGCAAACCUGGCAAACCUAGCCUGCUGCCCUCUCCCACCCAUGUAUCCAGGAGGAAGUGCUUGUGCUGGGCUUCCCAUUCCCCCAAUUUCCCUUCACACUCCUUGGGGUACCUAUAACUCUUGCCCGCCUAUGCCCAAUCCUGCAGUGCCACUACCACCCAAAGCCUCCCACAUGGCAGUUGACAAAAAUGUCAAAAAUGUCUCUCCUCCUCCCCCACCCCCUCCACCACCCCCUCCACCACCACCAGCAGAGCUGCAGAGCCACGGAGGAUUACAAGAAGCCAUGGCAGAGGCAGGGGAAGGUUUUCAGGAGGUGCUGUCCUUGACUGAGAGCCCUCUGCCACAGCGGUCUGAGAAGUUAAGCAAGAAGAACCGCAAGCGGGCGGAUGGGCGAGCUGAGGAGGCUAAUGUGCCACCGUUGGCUGAAGGGAGCAAGUCGAAAAAGGAGGGCAGAGCUUUGGGUGAUUUUAACUCACUAAUCUCCAGUCCACGGCUGGGAGGAAGGGACAAGAAGAAGCUGAAGGGACAGAAAGAGCAGCAGUUGAAGGCCAAGAAGCUGAGUAAGGCCACUGCUAAUAGUGAGUUCCAAGACAGUUCAGAAAGUGAGCCAGAGCUGUUCAUCAGCGGGGAUGAGUUGCUCAAUCAGUGCCAGAGCGGUAAGAAGGGCUGGAAGAGUAAGAGGAACCUGAGGGCUGCCAGUGAACUGGACGAGAUCAAGUGUCGAAAGGCCAAUGAGAAGGAGGACAGAGGGCUGGGCAGCCAGGGGUUUGUGUAUGUCAUGGCUAAUAAGCAGCCACUGUGGAAUGAAGCCACACAGGUCUACCAGCUGGACUUUGGUGGGCGUGUCACGCAGGAGUCUGCCAAGAACUUUCAAAUUGAACUGGAGGGCAGACAGGUGAUGCAGUUUGGCAGGAUUGAUGGCAAUGCCUACAUCCUGGACUUUCAGUAUCCCUUCUCUGCUGUACAGGCCUUUGCAGUGGCUUUAGCCAAUGUUACUCAACGCCUCAAAUGAGAUCUCCCCUCACUACUUACCCUGAGUUAUAUCUGGGAUUUAAAUGCAAUCUGUUGAAGGGGCACAGUUGUUUCAUUUGAGAUUAAUAAACUUUGAUUUUGGAGAGAAGACUAAAAUCAGCCCUGGUCAGAGAGAGAAAGAUACAAUCACGCUGCACUAGACAAUGCUGCCACUAGAGGUGCAUUAAACAUUGGCUGCAUUUGCCAAGGAUGCACUCAGAUCUGCUCCAUUUGGCAGUCAGUGGCACCUUGCAGUGCAUGUAGGGCCAAAGAGCUGAGCUUUGGUAAUCACCAUGCAAAUAAAUGCUGCUUUAGCUAGAAGAAGCUUAUUGACAUGAUAACCUAUCGGUUAACUGAGAGAGGAAUUGUCAAGGUGCAGUUUUCAAAAGACGCAGCAGUAAUACUUGAAAAACACACUCUGGAGAUCAAAGUAGUUUUUUUUCCCAGAGCGCACAGGUACUACUGGGCACUGAAAUCCAUUGCUGUACAAACCUUAAGUAAAACAGUUACUACUUUAUUAUACUGCUUUUGCUUUUAGGAUUUUCUUAAAUGACUAAACGUGGUGGAGGUUAGGAGGGUCUUUUUUUUGCUCUCUGCCAUUUCUUUUGUUACUAUCUCAAUCUGUCUUGGCUGGAAUUGAGGCUUAGAUUUAUGCAUCAUUUAGGAGCACUACUAAGAGUUCACACUUUUCACUAUUGUGAAAAGUACGUCACUGUUUAAAAACUUGGGAAUGUCGAGGAGUAAAUAUAGAUGUGGUGAACUGCAGUCUUUUCCACAUGGUUUCCUGGGACUCUGAAGGAAAAAAAAAAAUGUUACUACAUUCAUUAAUUUAUAUGUAAAUGUUUUUGGUUUAUCUAUUCGGAUAUGAAUUUUAACAUUAUUGUCAUUGUUUGUGAUAUACAAUCUUCAUACUCUGUCAACAUGGUUUUCAUCUUACCUGAUUUUUUUGGGAGACUGCUGGCUGAAUUUAAAUAUUGCUGUGUAUUCUGGAGUAAUUCAGGUAAGUGGGGCGUACAGAAAAGCUUUGACUGACAUAUCCUGUAUUUAGUGAAUCCUACAUAUGGUGACAUGGGCCCAAAAGAAGUCUGGCCUGGAUUGAAUAACUCUGGUAUGAAGUGAUUUGUCACUUGCUGUCACUUCUGUGAAGUGAGUGUGUAGUUGGGAAAUGACUUUCCCUGCUCUUAAAGACCACACUAAACAUGUAAGCAAGGUACAGGAAAUAUUUUUGUAUAUUUCACAUAUGCCAUUUCAUACUCUGUUCAGAAGGCAUGUAAAUACAUAUCAAGUCAUAUGUAAAUGUUGUUGACUUGGGUGACUUUGACAGAUGUCUGUUUGCACCUGUCUCCACUGUGUUUUAAGUUUAAUUUCAGGUGUGGAGCGAAGCUGUUGUACUGUUUAACUCAACAGCUACAACCACAACAAAAGGUUAACAGUUAAGCUGAAAUCAUUGUCACUGAAUCUUUGAAGUCAGAACUCCAAUGAAGGAUGAAGCUAUUGAAAUCUGUUCAUUUAAUAAGAUGACACUGAAAUCUGAAAAGCUGUUUUUUUUGUUUUUUCUUUCUUUCAGGCAGUGAAGCUUGUUUGUGUUGAACUAAGGAGCAGAGCAGGGCCAGCUGGUAGGAGUGUGGGCAGGAGUAAAUUAUUAGGCACACUGCAAAUAUCUGAAAAGGGCUUUAUUUGAAAAAAGAUGGUUGCCCAAAUCAGUAAAGAAAGAAAAGGGCAGUAGAAUUUAGGCGUGAUAACAUUAGGUAGGUGUGAUAAGGGUCACCUCUAACAUUUGUGCCAAAAUAUACAUUUGCUUAAAUUUAUUGUUGGGGGUAAAAAAGAGGGAAGUUUAACUCUAUUCUUGACUAAAGAAAUCAGUCACUUUGGCUCUGUUUUGGUCUCUUAAUGGAUGAGAUUAUUACAUUCUUUAGUGCGAUCUUUACAUAUCACAAUGAGAUGCAUGUCUGUCAGAACGGGAUUAUAGGGAUGGGGAUUGGAUUUUUUUUAAAAAGUCUCUACUGAUUGUGUAAAAAAAAAAAAGAAGAAAAAAAUGAGAAGAACAUGAGCAUGCCAUAAAGAAAGUAUCCUUCUUUUUGUGUUAGUUGUGCAAUAUUUUCUUAGAGGAAUAAAAACCUUUGUCAUCACUUUUUGACCACAGUUUGAUACCGUUCCUUUAGUUCAGCAUCUCAGUUGCUGGUCUGUACACUUUAUUUAUGAGAUUAUUUCCUAAAGGAGACAUAGUAUCUAUACAUACUGUAUAUUGUGGAGUUUUCUGAACGUUUCUUUGUGUUGUUACAAAUCUGCUACAAGUUGUGAGAUGGGAACGUGGAGGUUGGGAACGGGCAAAUUUUCUGUGUUUUCUGAAGUUUGCAUUGGAUGGAAAAGAUGUGAAUGAGUAAGUGCCCAGUUUAGUGUAGUCGGUAGACUAGUUAUGUAGAGUGUACCUGUCAAGUCAAGGUGUGUCUGUAUUCAACUGUGCAGUCUACCAAUCCCAUCAGUGUUAAAUCUAUUAUCUUUAAACGUGUGUGGUCAUGGCUUCUUACACACACACACACACACACACACACACACACACACACACACACACACACACACACACACACACACACACACACACCCCCCGUUCACAGAAGUGUAAGCCACCGAGUUCAUGUUCAGAAUUGCCUAUGGACUUAGGUUAAGGAUUUACUUUAAACUGAUUUCAUGAGAAUGACCUGUUUGUAGAUAUUGUAGGAUUUUGGCUUUUCUUUAGAAAAGAUAUGUGCUUUGUAUUUGUAGAUGUAGACAUAAAUGACAAAAACACUUGAAAAGAAUCUGAGUCUGAUUUGGUGACUGAACGUUUAUAGUGAAUGGAUAGUUAGGCAUGCCAUGUAAAUUAUUUUAUAAUUGUAUAUGUCACACAUCUUUUGAAUAAAACGUCAUUGUUUCAGAAAAGAAAA